GUUCGCCCGCUGAUCGACCUAAACGACCAGGUCAACCAGCUCACCUCGCGAGAGAGCGAGAUCAACUCGACGCGAAUCGUUGUGCAGGGCGACCAAAGCCACGGCAAGUCGUCGCUCCUCGAGGCGCUGAGCGGCGUUGACCUGCCCCGCGGCGACGACAUCAAAACGCGUGUACCACUGAUCAUGCAGCUUCGCAGCUGCGAGGAUGCCGACCAGGAGCACGCUUUCAUUUCACGCAAGGGGGCGGAGCCGGAACGGAUCGCACUCUCAGAGGUGGCCGCCAAGGUGGACGAGUUCACAGAGGCAAUUGCUGGCGGCUCCAAGGGCGUCAAGGAUGAGCCGAUCGAGCUCAAGGUCUUUCGCCGCGACCAGGACGAUCUCACGCUCAUUGAUCUUCCGGGCAUCACGCGGGUGGGGCGCGAGGGUCAAGGUGACGGCAAGCAGCUCGAGGCGCUCAUCCUUGGAAUGUGCAAGCGCUACAGCGCGCCACCCGAGUCGGUAAUCCUCAACGUCGUCUCCGCCAUGGUGGACUUCUCGACCAGCGCUAGCCUGCAGCUCUCGCAAGAGCUCGACCCUGAGGGCCGGCGCACGCUGCUCUGUGUCACCAAGAGUGAG